GUGUUGGGUUAUCUUUGUAUGAAUCCCCAACAAAAUGAGAAUGUAGUGAAGUGUUGUUGAUCACCAAGAUAGAAUUGAGGUUGAAUAAUUAUCCAUCCAUUUUCUAAGUUGUGAAGAACCAAGCAACAAUGAGAGGUUGCGCAUUGCCGUUAACCCAAUUCACAUAUCUUCCCUCCCAUUUAUGCAAUACAAUCAUCAAAAUCAACUCCUUUCCUUUUCUACAUUCAUUCCCAUCUCAUCACUCUCUCACCAUUCACAAUCCAACAACACCAAUACCUUUCACUUCACUUCAUGCCCACCACCAACCACAUGAUGAUGAUGAACAAGAAAACUUUCAUGUUCUCACUGCUGUCAAAAGUGAUUACAAUGAUAUUAUGAUUGUUGAUACUCCAAAUUCUAGAAUGCUUCUCCUUGAUUCAUCUCACAAUGUUCACAGCAUUCUAUACAAGGACCAAAAGUGGACUAAUUCUUACUGGGAUGAAUUUGCCAGCUUGCCAGCCAUUGUUCCAAAAGGGCCCAUUGCUAUCUUAGGUUUGGGUGGUGGAACUGCUGCUCAUCUGAUGCUUGAAUUGUGGCCUUCACUUCAACUUGAAGGCUGGGAGAUUGAUGACAUUUUAAUCGAUAAAGCAAGAGAUUAUUUUGGCUUAUCUGAUCUGGAGAAGACAACAGAAGAUGGUGGCAUUCUUAAUAUUCGUAUUGGCGAUGUCUUCAUUCCCUCAGAAGAUUCGCACAGAAGAUAUGCUGGAAUUGUAGUUGACUUAUUCUCUGAUGGAAAAGUUUUGCCUCAGCUGGAAGAGGUUAGUACUUGGUUGGAAUUACAUGAUAGAUUGAUGGCCAAUGGUCGUUUAAUGGUUAACUGCGGUGGCAUCGAUGAGGGGUCAAGUGUUGUAGAUGGAAGUACUGGUCUAGAUAAUUUAUCUAAUGAUGAGGCAUGGUUAUUAAAUUCAGCAUUGAAAGCAUUAUCCAAAGCAUUUCCUGGACAACUAAGUUGGAAGAGAAUGCCAAAGGAAAGCGGUGAAAAUUUUAUGGCACUUACAGGACCCUUGCCUGACCUGAAAUCUUGGUCUGCUAAUGUUCCAUCUCCUUUGAGCACAAGAGUGAUGGAUUGGAGACCUUGUGAAAUGGUUUCUAGAAGUUGAUAUUUACCACUUCAUAGGUUCAAUGCAAUGUUGGAGAGUGCAUUCUUUUGAUGAGAAAUUAAUUUAGAAAAUGAACAAGACUAUUUAGGAAAUUGAUUUAGAAAUAGAUUAACUAAGAAGUAUAAGAUGGUAGAUUAUUAAUUUUUAUUGUUGAUCAUUCAAUAACUUAAAUUGAGCCAAGAUUUAUUGUGAAAUACAAUUAUAUAUUUGGGUGAGUUACACUUCCCAUAAAAUCUUCUUAAAUAACACUAACACCCUUUAUAGUUUUA